AUGGCUGAGGCGAGUCUCUUCAUCAAACACGAAUCCGACGACCACACCCCCUUCAUCAUGUCACACUCCGGCUACUCGAUGGGUAACCACUUCAACGACGCAGUCGACCCAUCCGACUUGACCAUGCAGCAGCAGAAUGGCUUCAUGCCCUACUCCUUUGGUUCGCAACAGAACAUGUCAUCCAGCUUCAACUUUGGAAACUCCGGUAUCGACACGGACGAGCUGUUGGAUCUCGAAAUCAGCGGUCCCAACGGUCAUCAGCGGGAUAACGUCAACUAUCUCCAGGAUCAGUCUGCCGGUGGCAUCGCCAUGAGUCACCAGAGUCAGAUGUCACACAUGUACUCAAAUACCCCCGACAACGCGCCGAUGGCCAGCCCGUUUGUCCAGAACAGCUUCAACUACGAGCAGUAUCGCAUGAACCAGCAAAAUUCGCACAUGCAGAGUGCCAGCCCCUUCGACCAGACCUACCUCGGCACCAAGCGCCAGAGCUUGCACGGUAUGGACCGUACCUCGUCAGAUGGGCGCAGCCCAAUGACCCCCAAGACCCCCGCUUUGGGAUCCUUGACCCUGGGCACCCCUGAGUCCGGCAGCUUCCCCUCUCAACCCAUUCGAACGGGACUACAGGCUCGCCACCAGAAGAGCCUCUCCAAUCAGUGGGAUGGAACGCCGGGUAGUGCACAGUCAUACGUCGAGUCCUCUCCCAUCUCAUCCCCUCCCCUCCAGCACCACAACGGUAUUUCCGAGAUCCUCAAGUCCGGCAAGCAUGCUUCGCUGCCCGCUAAGGUUGACACCCAUCUCCCUGGCGGAGACCUCGAGUCCCAGGAAGCCAAGCGCCGCCGUCGCCGUGCCUCACAUAACCUGGUCGAACGCCGCCGACGCGACAACAUCAACGAACGGAUCCAGGAUCUCUCCCACCUCGUCCCUCAGCACCGACUGGAGGAUGACAAGGUCCGGAAGCAACUUGUGAAUAACAGCGCAUUGUCCAUGGCCGGUGGGGGCGGCAAUGCCGCCACGUCUCUUCUGGCGGGGGGCAACGGCCGCCGCGCGACACCCGGUAAUAUCACCAUGGGUCUCCCCAUUGAAGAGAAAGAGAAGGGACCCAACAAGGGCGACAUCCUCAACGGUGCCGUCAGCUGGACGCGCGAUCUGAUGUGGGCCCUGCAUGUGAAGUAUCAACAGGAGGCUGAGCUCGCGGAGCUGAUCGCCCGCCUGGGUGGUACGUGGCCGUUUGAGCAAACCGAAGAAGAGAAGCGCAUGCGCAGCGAGAUCCUCGACGCCCUGGAGAAGAACGAUCCCAGCUCCUUCAGCUACACCCGCGGCCCUGGCAGCGGUCUACGCGUCCCCAAGCACACGAAUAUCGCCGGCGAUGCGGUGCAGGGCGGCGAUAUGUCCGGCCUGACCCCUCCGAGCUUGAGCCCUUCAUUCCACAGCGGUGGCAGCAGUGCCAACGGCACAAGUCAGCCGCAGUACUGGAACAGUGCUGGCCAUGCUGCUAUGAGCUUCAAGGAGGAGGAUGAGUAUGGCAUGGAGAUGUAG